CUGUCAUCCCGCCUCCUCUACCCUAUUACGAUCUUCCUCGCGGAACUUAUCCCCCUUACUCUGGUUCAAGCUGAGGGGCUCGCCGACGUGAUCCGCGACCUGAUUUCGAACGACAUCACGAACAGUUCCUUAGACUGCGGUCCUCAUCCCCCGCGCAGGCGUGCCUACCCUCGCCCCCGUCGAGGGAGGCUUCCAACGAUGGGCUUGGCGUACAACACAUAUCUCAACAGCAGCAAGGUGUACGGCUGCAAGACUUGCAAAGCACAUUUGUCGAACCAUGAAGACAUCAUUAGCCGGGUACGUUCCUCGCCUCUUCUCAACCUAGGGAGAGACAGAAAGCAAACAAACAGGACGGAGAAAGACGACGCAGACGUUGUAGAAAAUAUGCUGACCGCUGCCUCCCUCUCAUCUGCUCAGAACUUUCGAGGCCAACAUGGCAAAGCCUACCUCUUCAACAGUGUCGUCAACAUCGAGACGGGUGAGCCAAGCGAGCGAAACAUGACGACCGGCCGCCACAUCGUACGUGACAUCACCUGCAAGCAAUGCAAGGAGACGGUUGGUUGGAAAUACGACAAGGCAUACGAAGCCACUGAGAAGUACAAGGAGGGCAAGUUCAUACUCGAGGCUGAGCUCCUUUGCAACGUCACCUGA